AUGCGCGCCAUUCUCGGCCCCAAGCCUCAAGAAAGGCUAUCGCUCGUCACGAGUAUCCAAUUCGUCGUCGAACUCGAGUUUCUCACUCCACCAAUCUCUGGCGAGCAAAUUGUGCCUGGCCGCGACCGCAGCUCCCACUACUUUGCCUCUGCGCUUCAAGAUGCCGGACUCCAAGCUGCGUUUCUCCUAGAAUAUACGAAAAACGAGAAGUAUUCCGAAACCAAAGAUCAAGGCGAUAACAAUGAUGAUAGCCAUGUCACAGACGGUCAAAAUCAACUCCCGGCCCAGGCACACGGGGAGAAUAUCAUCAAGACCAAGCACAACGGCGACAUGUUCAUCAUGAGCCCCCAAUCGUCCAUCCCCUGGAUCAAGGCCGGCGCCAAAGACAGCCCUCUCCUCAGAUACUGGCUGAUCAAGCCCGAGAGCGACAUCAGUGGCCACGGCAAAUACGAAGCCUGGCAUCCAACUGCGCUCACCAGCCCGAUCCUGCGAGAAUCAGAGGCCAACAAUCUGUUUCCGGGGCUCAACACGGCCAUCUACACCAUCUGGACAGCGCAUGCAGCGAGGGUGCAUGUCAACGAUGGCUGCGGUUUGCACAUCCACGUCAGCCCGGCUCUUGUCCCAUCUCUCGCUCAGGGGCUACAUCAGGGACAACAUCACCACGGACAGAGACAGGAUCUGACAGCUCUCCAGGUUCAACGCAUCGCCACGCUCGUCGUCGUUCUCGAAAACAGUCUGCUCUUUCACCUGUGCUCGCCUCACCGCCGCCAAAUCCAUAACCAACUCAUCGCUGCUUCAAGCCUUGCCUACGCGGCAAACUCUCCCGCUUGCCCCCUCGCAGAAGCCAAUCUUCCCCCAAACAUCCUCAAAGGCACAGGAGCCGUCGAAAAGGCCAUCAAGUUUCUCUGGACAGCCUCCGGCCUCGACCAGGUGCGCCAGAUGCUCUCACGUCAUCCCAAGGCUCGGGACGCUCGCCCCACAGCCUUGACAAUCAACACCCACAAGCACGAGGACGACGGUGUCUCGCACAUGCUCGAAUUCCGUCAUGCGCAGGCUGCUUUCAACCAGGGCUUCGUGGACAACUGGGCACGCCUCGUGCUGACGGAGACGGUGCGGACGACAGCUGGCCCUAGAGAGGCGUGGAAGACGCUGCUCAGAGUCCUCAACGACUUUGCGCCGGUCAACUGGCAUGCGCGAAGCAGCGAGCAGUUCUGGGUGGGCCAACUUGCGGUGCAAGAUAGGAAGUGA